CACUCUCAUCUCCAUCACAUCACUCCUGGACUUCAUCUCAUACUUUUCGCUCGCACGCGCAUCGUCUAAGGACUACGCAGGAUUGGGUCAGCAGCGAUCAUGGCGAGAACAGAUCUGACCAUUCUCGGCGCUUCCGGCUUCACUGGCAAAUUUGUCGUUGGCGAAGUCGCUUCUCGACCGCCUGUUCCCGCACAACAGCUGACUUGGACGCUGGCAGGACGCAACAAGGCUCGACUGGAAAAGGUUUUGGCAGAGUAUGCAGGGCAGAUCGAAGCGACUGGGCUGGCCAAGCCCAACCUCGUCAUCGUCGACACGUCAGACGAGGAUGCGCUGGAAGAGUUGGCAAAGGGCACAAAGCUGAUCCUCAAUUGCGUUGGACCCUACGCAAAGUAUGGACCGCCUGUGGUGCGCGCCACCAUUCGAGCGUCGCGCCAAUUGAAAGCGCAAGGGCAGAACGCUACCGACUAUGCGGAUCUGAGUGGGGAGCCGGGCUUCAUCGAGGAUAUGGUCCUCAAAUAUCACGCCGAGGCGGAGGAAGUCGGAUCAACGCUGGUACCUGCUUCCGCCUUCGAUUCUGUGCCUUCGGAUAUGGCCGUGGAGGUGUGCAAGCAGGAGCUCAUCAGGCGUAACGCUGUGCCCGCAUCGGUCGAGAUGUUCUUUGCCCUCAACACCGGCGGUUUGGUACCUGGCGGAAACUUCGGAACGUAUGCCUCUGCAGUCAAUGGCUUCGCCUCACGCGAUACGCUCAUACGCACGCGCAAAGCGCUGUACGAUAGGCCCGCAAAGGGCGACAGGCCGGCCUCGACUGGAUUGCUGCCGACUCCCAAACCUCAAGCCAAGCAGCUCGGCUUCCCUAAGCGAGGAGGCAUCCUCAAAUGGGCGAGCGAAGUCAACGCAUAUCUAAUACCUUUUAUCUUUGCAGAUCCCGCAGUCGUGCGCCUCACGCAGAGCUUGCAGUACAAACAAGCAAAGCAGAAUGGUGCAUCUGCAAACAAUCCCAGCUUGACGCCCAUCAUCUUCAAAGCCUGGGUCGAAGUGCCUUCUCUGCGCAUCCUGCUCACCCUCUUCUUCUACGGCGCCCUCUUCACCCUCUUUGCAAAGUUCGAAGCGGGCCGCAACAUCCUGCUCCAGCAUCCGAAACUAUUCAGCGGUGGCGUCUUUUCCAAAGAGGGACCUAGCAAAGAGCAAAUCGACGCAUCGAGCUUCACCAGCACCUUUGUGGCUCGCGGACACUCUCAUGAAGUGCUCAAGGGGACAAAGGGGAAUGCUGGACCAGAUGUCAAACUCACGGUCAAGGUGACUGGACCCGAAGUCGGUUACGUGGCGACUCCCAUACUCUUUGUGCUAGUUGCAAAGAUUAUGCUGAAUCAACGCGACAAAGUCCACAAGGGCGUACUGACUCCCGCAGCCGCCUUCAAGGACACUUCGCUGGUGGACGAAAUCAGCAAGGAUGGUCGUGUGAGGUUCCGCGUGAUCGAAAAUUAGGUCCGAAGGGCGCGACCACCUUGGCCGAUCUGUCA